UUGUCAAACCUUUCAGACGCAGUUGGAGCUAAGCUUUCCGAGAUUUCUGAGCGACGACACUACAAAGGCCUAACAAAAAAGCGAGAGGAAAAUAAACAAAAAAAAAGAAAAUAAAAAACGAAGAAGACAAUACAAAUUGUACAAAUCGGAUGCAAGCGCGUGUGUGUUGGUGUCCAUUCAUUCGUUCAAAGCGCGCAAGAAUAACAAUAAAUAAAACACAAAAUGCAGUCGCAGAUGCAGUCGGCGUCGCAGUAAACGUCAGCAGAGACGUCGGCCGAGGCAGAGGCAGUGGCAGAAACAGUAGCAGCAUCCGAUUCCAAAAGAGAUCAUUUUUCAUAUGCGAAUCGAAACUCGAAGAGCGCGCAUCAAAGCCAAAUUCAAACGGCGAAAGAGUAACGAACAAAAACGAAUUGUCUUGUGUGCAUAAUACGAAAUAAAAAAAAAUUACAAAAGAAAACCCCUGGCAGAACGUAAUUGAAAUCAAAUUAAAGGCGGGCCGUGCAAAAAUAAAAAAGAAUUAAGCCGAGGCGAUAAAAAAGAAAUUAUGCUCCAUUGUGCGAUUGUGUGAGAGGUCAAGUGCCCGGCGGCAAGAGACAAAAAGAGAUAGAUGCAAGUUUAAUGUUAAUAGGCGAACGAAUGAACUCAUAAAAGGGCAAAAGAGAGGGCAAUACGAGGAAGCAAGAAGAAGAAGAGCAGGCCAAGCCCAAAUGACCGCAAGAAUACCGUUAAUUCGAACAGCUUCAGCGGUAUUACGAGCAUUUAUAUAGACCUAAUACAGAGAAAAAGAAGAAAAGAGAGAAAAAAACUUUCUUCACACAUAACCAGUGAACUUCCAGACGCAUAAAAGUUUGCUACUAUUUCAAUUUCAAUUGUUAACGAGCGAAAGCGCCGCCCGUCACGCACAACAAAAACAACUAAAUAAACUACUAAAUACAACAACAAAUAGAAGGAAAAGUGCAGCAGACAGCGAAAAUGUACCAGUCGCAGCAGCAGAAACAGCAUCUCCAUUUCGACUUCCAUCCCCCCGCCGUAAAAGCCAAAACCCAAAUGGAGGUGGCCCACAGCGAGACCCACAGAUUUAGCCAGACCGAAAGCCAGAUCAAGAGCUGCGGCCCAAGUCCCGACCACAUGCACGACCGCAGUCCCAGUCGACAGCUGUUUGGCGCACUGCUGGCCGUGUUCAUGUUGGCGGCAUUAGCGUCAACCGCCAAUGGCGCUGUGACUGACUCCCCAAUCAAAAUAAUCCGGCUGCCGGCACAAGCGCCAGUUAUCCGCUACCGGAGUGCGGAUGCGGCGCCGGACUCACUGCUGAUCAACUACCGCCAGGAUGCCCAGCCGGAGUUGUCCUCGACGUUGAUGCAAGCGCCUGGCGCUGCCGCGGCUGCCCUGGAGUCCCUGCUGCGCGAGGAGACGGAGCAGCAGCAGCUGGCGCAGAUGGGCAGGCGGAAUCGGGCCAGCUCGGCGACCACCGGCAAUUGCCCUCGAUCCUGUCCACCGAGCAUUACCGUCGGAGCCGAACCCGUGUGCGGCAGCGAUGGUCUGAUCUACGCCAAUCUGUGUGAGCUGCGCAAGAAGACCUGCUCCCGCAGUGGAGUGUCCUUGAUCAAGGAUGUUCGCGACGGCUGCGAGCGAUCGAAGGGUUCGGAUUGCAAGCACCGCUGCAGCACGGAGAAGGAUCCGGUUUGUGGAACAGACGGAAGGACCUAUCUGAAUCGCUGCAUGCUGAGGGUGCAAUCCUGUCGGGUGGGCUUGGCCGCCGUGAAACUCUCGCACGUGGGUCCUUGCAGCAAUACAAGUGCUGUGCGUGAAUCAUGCCCAGUGGAUUGUAACAGUGCUCCGAAGGAUGGACCCGUUUGCUCGUCCGAUGGCAAUGUGUACAACUCAACGUGCGAGAUGAAGCUGCACACAUGCGGACAAGGUGUGGUGAAAACGAGCAGGAAGCACUGCCAAUCCACGAGGAUGUGCCGGGAGUCCUGCUGGCGGGUGGCCAGGCCAACUUGCGGCUCUGAUGGUCGUCUGUAUGCGAGUCCCUGCAAGAUGCGCUCCUCCAAUUGUGGAAAGCAUGUCUUCGAGGUUCCUCUGUCCUUCUGCAUGCCGCAGGAGAGGCAUGGAAGUGCCUCCGAUGCCUGUCCCACCGAGUGUCCUAAAGCAGAGUCGGAUCCUUCAUCGCAGUACGUGUGUGGAAGUGAUGGAAACAUUUACUCAUCGCUCUGCGAACUCAAAAUGCUCAACUGCGGACCCCAGCGCAAAUCAAUUCAAAAAGUGAGCAUGGACAAGUGCAAGAAUAGACUAACUCGGUGCAAGCAACUGCCUCCUUGCAAGGACUUUAACAGCCUGUUUGGAUCCAUAUUCAGUUCAAAGCGAAACGAUAAGCUUUGCGGCACGGAUGCGAAGACUUAUAACAAUGAGUGUGAAUUGGCCCAUGCCACCUGUUUACGCGGCGUUAAUCUGGCCCACAUUGGCCCCUGCACGGAUCUCAAUUCGCCGACGAAGGACUGCGGGGAUGCCUGCACCCGCGCGGAUUUGGAGCAGCAGCCGGUGUGCGGAUCGGACGGCAACACCUUCGCCUCCAUGUGCGAGUUUAAGCGGCGCACUUGCAACCUACGUGUGGUGCCCGUUUCGCUGAAGAAUUGCGCCCUGACCGCCGACUGUGAGUCGGAUUGUGAUGCCCAGCCGCCGAGCUUCGUCUGUGGAUCGGAUAACAACCUGUACAAGUCCGAGUGCCACAUGCGAAAGGAGAACUGUGGCAAGCACGUGUUCGUGGUCCCACUGAAGCGCUGCCUGGCCGCCUUCCAGCUGAAGGGAUGUGCCCGCAUCUGCCCGAGGGAAUUCGAGCCCGUUUGCGGCAGCGACAAUAAGACGUACUUGAACGACUGCUUCCUGGAGAUCGAGAACUGCAGGGCGAACCAGACGGUCAACGUCAACUACUACGGCGCCUGUGGCCGCCCCGAAGCACCAUCCACUAACUUCCUCUACUAGGAUGUUUGCGUGGCGCCUUCAAUUCACUUGGCAUUUAAUAUUUUUAGGCUAUAGUCUUGUAUUGUACUUUUUUUAAAAUCGAUAUUUAUUGAGUUUGAAUUAAAGCCCCCAACGAACUUA